GAGAAGUAACGUCUGUUCGAAAAUUACGAUCAGGUGACCUCUUAGUACAGGUAUCAUCUGAAAAACAAGCGACUACUCUAUCAACCUGUAAAAGUAUAUGUUCGUUUUCAGUAAACGUCACACCUCAUAAGACUCUGAACACCUCACGAGGGGUGAUAUCGCAAUCAGAAUUUGUUGAUGACACAGAAGAAAUGAUUGUAGAUGAAUUGCGCGAUCAACAUGUUAUUGCUGUAAGAAGAAUUAAGGUUCGUAGGAAUGGCCAACUCGUUCCCACGAAAUAUCUCAUUCUUACUUUCGCUACUCCAAAGUUGCCAUCUGAAGUCAAGCUUGCCUGGUUUGGUCACUCAAAGGCCUCUUGUCGUAGCACACCCAUUUGUGCUCGCUGUUCUGGUUGUGGCCAUGACGAUACUUCCUGUGAGUUACCGCCCCUUUGCAUCAAUUGCAAGGGUGAUCAUGCGGCCUACUCCAGGAAUUGUCCAAAAUGGUCACAAGAAAAAGAAAUUCAGACCAUUAAAGUCAUGCAAAAUUUGACUUUUAAUGAAGCAAGGCGAAUGGUUACCGCUCGAACUCCCCGUCCGGACGUAUCCUAUUCUGCAGCUGUAAAAGCAACCUACUGCUCUGUCAGCACACAAACUGAUACUCCUUUCGCUCUAACAUCUACCAAAUAG